AUGGCUUCCGAUGGAGGCGCCAGUAACGACGCCGAGCAGCAAGAUGAGCUCGCUCAGUACACGGAAGACCAAGACAACAACCUAGACAUGGAGUUGUUUGGCUCGGACUUUGAAGAUGAUCCUGAAGAAGGCUCCGAUUCGGAUAGCUCUGUCGAGCAAGAGACAGCGCCUAACGAUGAACCAUCUAACGCCCAUGCGAAUUUCCAGCCUGCACUUGAUGUUGUAGAGUCGCAAAGCACUGUCAAUAAUGAGACGACAGCUGCGGCUGAUCCACCUGACAUCCAUACGGAUGUUCAGCGUGCAAAUGAUACUGUAGAGCCGCGCAACACUGGCAACGUCCAAGAAACAACGGCUGAUGUUGUUUCAUCCGGCAAUCAGACAGAUUCCCAGUCUGAAGACGACUCAACUUCUGCGUCGGAGACGUCCGAGACAAGGAACGAUCUGCCCCGUGAGCCGGUAAUGCUCGAUGACAGCACCUUGCCGGAAGUCAAAAGCAAGCGUGUGGAAUGGGUCCAACGGAUGUACGAUUCGAUCAUGGACAGGAACGAUGUCCAAGACAGACCUACCAGCAGAUCAUACGUGAGGUUCGCUGUCGACGACGAAACCACGGCCGACUAUUACAGUGUGAAGAAGCUGGUUGACAUCGCAUACGACAUCUUUGACUGCAUGAUUGACGGCGCUAAGAAGGGUUUCAUCAUCCCGCGCACUAAAAUCAUCAGACUGGGACCCAAGGCGGCCCAAGAUCGUCACUUGAACACUAAGCAGCGCCUUGAAGCUAUUUGUGAGGCCUUAAAGAAAGAGAAAGCCGUCUGCUACGAUGCCGUCGAGAUUGGCAUUCCAAAGAUCCAGGAGCUAGUGUAUGGUCCUUUGGCUUCUGUCGAGAGAAAGACCAGGGAAAGAACUAUCCGGGCUACUGAGCAGCGUGACUUGGUUGCAGCCCAGUCCCCUAGCCCCGACUCUAGCACCACUCGUAAGUGGACCUUCGACGAGUACAACCUGUCUCUCGGGGAGCCAUUUGCAAAGCCAAGCGGGCACAUCAGCAGGAGAACCAUCGGCAACCAGUACCUUAGGUACCAGCCGAGCACAUACCGGCCGAAUGUGUUACUCUACCCUCAACGUGUACGCCCCGAUCCAUACACCCAGUUCCUUACUCAGCAGGGCAUGUACCAGAGACCCGGAUCGGGAACCCCCAUCUACGCCAACGGCCUGCACCGCGUGCAAUUUCCAGCCAGAAGGGUUCCUACUGCUGGAUACGCCGAGAACAUUCCCAUCUAUCCAGAAGAACGGCAGGCUUCCGGUCGCGAGAUCCUCUUGAACUCGAUGGCGAACCCAGUCGAUCGUUUCAUGCUCGCCCAGGCUGGGGGUUACUAUCGCCAGGAGGAAACGCCCUCAGAAGCUCCGCGCCCGUAUGUCUCGCUGCAUGACCUGGAGUAUGAAAAGACAGAACCAAACCCUCGUAUGCAGGCUCCUGGCCCGGGAAAAUAGGGCUUGUCCGCAGCCCUGUUCGCAGCCUUAAGGUGCCGGAACCUGGACAGGAUAGGGUUUGCCUAGAGACUGUGCAGGU